AUGUCUCGACCAACGAGUCCCACGUCUUCAAAGAUGUCAGCACCACCAGUCGACUCUACUAAAUCAACAAUAGUGGACGAGGAAGCAGCAGCGCCACCAGGAGAACAACAACCUCCACCAUAUACAGUUUAUACGACAUGGGAGAAGCGCUUCAUCGUGCUAGGAGCCGCUCUGGCUGCCUUCUUCUCGCCUUUCACCGCGCAAAUCUACCUUCCCGCUCUAACUGUUCUCGCCAACGAGUUCAACGUCUCCGACUCGGACAUGAACCUUACCCUGACGACUUAUAUGAUCUUUCAGGGAAUUGUGCCCAUGUUCAUUGGUUCCCUGGCCGAUCAGAGCGGCAGGCGCCCUGCAUAUGUCAUCUGCUUCGUCGUUUACAUCGCGGCGAACAUUGGCCUUGCACUCUCACAGAACUUUGCUUCUUUGCUCGUCAUUCGUUGCAUACAGUCUGCAGGCUCUAGCAGCACCGUCGCUCUGGCCUCAGCCGUCGUGGCAGACAGUAUUACAUCGGCCGAGAGGGGGCAGAUCGUGGAUGAUGGCUCCGUGCGGCCUCCAAAGCUGUACCGAACCGGCUUCCAGCUUAUCAAGGACUAUUAUAGAGCCAAGAAGGGAGAUGGAGCGCUGGUGACGAGGCAAACAACGGGAGCAUCAAACACAGUCAAACCGACUCUCAAGUUCAAGAUCAACCCCUUCGAGUCACUUCGGCUACUCUUCGAGAGAGAGCUUGGGCUGCUCCUUGGUUUCAGCGCCAUCGUCUUUGCUGGGUUUUACGCCAUCGCCUCUUCUAUGCCGACCCAAUUUCAGGAGAUUUACGGCUUCGACAGUCUCAAGGUCGGCCUUAUGUACCUGCCCAUGGCUGGCGGCUCAGUCGUAGCCGCCUUUCUUGUAGGGCCUCUGAUCAACUGGAACUACCGCCGGCAUUGCAAGCGCCUGGGGAUUCCCUACGACAAGUCUCGUCAGCAAGAUAUGACCGGGUUCCCCAUCGAGAAAGCCCGCCUCGAAGUCGGGCUUCCGCUGCUGUAUCUCAGUUCAAUCCUGCUGCUCAUCUGGGGCUGGGCUCUUCACCUCCGCGCGCCCGUGGCUGUGCCAUGCGUGCUGCUCUUCUUCUUUGGAGUCGGCAUGAUUGGGUUCAAUAAUACAACCAACACGCUCAUUAUCGACAUCCACCCAGGUAAAGCCGGGACUGCGACGGCGGCGAACAACUUUACGAGGUGUCUGCUUGGUGCGGCGGCAACUGCAGCGAUUAUUCCCAUGAUUAACGGGAUGGGCGUGGGCUGGGCCUUUACUCUUUUAGCCCUCCUCUACAUUGUCUUCAGCCCGGCAUUACUGGCAAUCAUGUACUGGGGCGUGAAGUGGCGUCAAAACGCAAAGGACAAGGCGCUCAAGAAGGAGACGAGGAAGAGCGCAGCAUGA